AUGCAAGCGAUCAAAUGCGUGGUUGUGGGCGAUGGAGCGGUGGGUAAGACCUGUCUGCUCAUCAGCUACACCACCAAUGCCUUUCCCGGAGAAUACAUCCCCACAGUUUUUGACAACUAUUCUGCCAAUGUUAUGGUGGAUGGGAAACCGGUGAAUCUGGGCCUUUGGGACACAGCAGGACAGGAAGACUACGACAGGCUGAGACCUUUGUCCUAUCCUCAGACGGAUGUGUUCUUGAUAUGCUUCUCGCUGGUCAGCCCGGCCUCCUUUGAGAACGUCCGAGCUAAGUGGUACCCAGAAGUGCGGCACCACUGCCCCAACACCCCCAUCAUCCUGGUGGGCACCAAGCUGGACCUGAGGGACGACAAGGACACCAUCGAGCGUCUGCGGGACAAGAAGCUCUCCCCCAUCACCUACCCCCAGGGCCUGGCCAUGGCCCGAGAGAUAGGAGCUGUGAAGUACCUGGAGUGCUCUGCUCUGACCCAGCGAGGCCUGAAGACCGUUUUCGACGAGGCUAUUCGAGCUGUGCUCUGUCCUCCACCCGUGAAGAAGAGGGGGAAGAGGCGUGCUUUAGCCUCUGUGAGCCCCUCUGUGAGCCCCUCUGUGAGCCCCUCUCUGAGCCCCUCUCCGCACUCAGUCAUCUCAGAGCAGUACUCUUCACUUCACUCAAAGGUGGGAGAGCACAUCCACGGCAAAAUGGACAUCGUAAAUAAGUGUGUGUGUCUCUGGAGCGUUGUGGCUGCGCUGACGGUGCUGCCUCCAAACAAGGCUCUGCUCAAACGGACUUCAUGA